AUGCCAUCAUACAAACUUUCUUAUUUUAAUGCUCGUGGUGUCGCUGAAGUAUCACGGUUAAUAUUUGCUGUUGCUGGUGAAAAAUUUGAAGAUGUUCGUUAUGAGCGAGAUCAAUGGCCAGCACACAAAGAUGAGAUGCCAUUAGGUCAAAUGCCUGUUCUUGAAGUUGAUGGUGUUAAAUUACCACAAUCAGCAGCAAUUGCAAGAUUUCUUGCUAAACAAUUUCAUUUAGCUGGUAAAGACAACUUUGAACAAGCACAAGUUGAUGCUGUUGUUGACACAAUUUAUGAUAUACUCAAGGCAUGGAUGCCAUCUCGUUUGGAACAAGAUGAAGCUAAAAAAGAAGCACUCUCAAAAAAAUUCUUUGGUGAGGAAUUACCAAAACAUUUACAAAAUCUUGAAACUCUUGGUAAAUUAUAUAGUAAUGGUGGUCAUUUUUUUGUUGGUAAACAAUUAACAUGGGCAGAUUUACUCUUCUAUAAUUUUGGACAAUUAUUAACCGAAUUCGAAGCCGAUUGUUUGAAUAAUUUUUCAUGGUUACAAAAAAAUCGUGCUGAAGUUGAAAAACAACCCAAAAUUGCAGAAUAUCUUAAGAAUCGACCCAGAACACAAUUUUAA